CAUGGUCUGCCUCUCUUCCAGCAGAAUUAAGGGAGAUUAUCUUUGGUGGGCCUGACCUAAUCAGAGCCCUUAAGUAAUGGGGUUCUUUCUGGCACAGGAAAUUCUACAGGCCUCAGGGAACUUUGACCAGUUCUAUUGAUCUGGACACCUGGGCAAGUGGUUGAACCAACCGACAGACGCCAUGAGGGCUCUGCUGCUCUUGGGGAUCCUGCUGGUGAGCCUGGAGUCAGCUCUUUUGAUUCCACCUUGGAAAGACCCCAGGAAGCAUAAGGUCAUGGCGAGUGAGCACACAGUGGUUCUCACCGUCACGGGGGAGCCCUGUCACUUCCCCUUCCAGUACCACCGGCAGCUGUAUUACAAGUGCAUCCAAAGAGGCCAGCGUGGCCCCCGACCCUGGUGUGCUACAACCCCCAACUUCGAGAAGGACCAGCGAUGGGCAUACUGCCUGGAGCCCAUGAAAGUGAAAGACCACUGCAACAAAGGCAACCCCUGCCAGAAAGGAGGGACCUGUGUGAACAUGCCAAAUGGCCCACACUGCAUCUGUCCAGAUCACUUCACUGGGAAGCACUGUCAGAAAGAGAAGUGCUUCGAGCCCCAGUUCCUCCAGUUCUUUCAAGAGAAUGAAAUAUGGCAUAGGUUUGAGCCUGCUGGUGUGUCCAAGUGCCAGUGCAAAGGUCCUAAGGCCCAAUGCAAGCCAGUGGCCAGCCAGGUCUGCAGCACCAACCCGUGUCUCAAUGGGGGCAGCUGCCUGCAGACUGAGGGCCACCGCCUGUGUCGUUGCCCCACUGGCUAUGCAGGACGCCUGUGUGACGUGGACCUCAAGGAGAGGUGCUACAGUGACCGGGGGCUCAGCUACCGCGGCAUGGCCCAGACUACGCUCUCGGGAGCACCCUGUCAGCCGUGGGCCUCGGAGGCCACCUACUGGAACAUGACCGCAGAGCAAGCUCUGAACUGGGGACUGGGAGACCAUGCCUUCUGCCGGAACCCGGACAACGACACCCGCCCGUGGUGCUUCGUUUGGAGAGGCGACCAACUGAGCUGGCAAUAUUGCCGCCUGGCACGCUGCCAGGCUCCUAUCGGGGAAGCGCCCCCAAUCCUUACUCCGACCCAGAGCCCCUCCGAGCACCAGGACUCGCCCCUUCUCUCGCGGGAGCCUCAGCCCACGACCCAGACCCCGUCUCAAAACCUGACCUCAGCCUGGUGCGCGCCGCCGGAGCAGCGUGGUCCUCUGCCCAGUGCGGGCCUGGUGGGCUGCGGACAGCGACUCCGCAAACGGCUGUCUUCUCUGAACCGCAUCGUCGGGGGACUGGUGGCUCUCCCCGGGGCGCACCCCUACAUCGCCGCGCUGUACUGGGGUCAAAAUUUCUGCGCAGGCAGUCUCAUCGCCCCCUGUUGGGUGCUGACCGCGGCUCACUGCCUGCAGAACCGACCGGCGCCGGAGGAGCUGACUGUGGUGCUCGGCCAGGACCGCCAUAAUCAGAGUUGUGAGCAGUGCCAAACGCUGGCAGUGCGCUCCUACCGCCUGCACGAGUCCUACUCACCCAAGACCUACCAGCACGACCUGGCUCUGGUACGCCUGAAGGAGACAGCGGACGGCUGCUGCGCACACCCGUCGCCUUUCGUUCAGCCGGUAUGCCUGCCAAGAAGUGUCGCCAGCUCCGCCGAACCCGAAGGCGCGCUCUGCGAGGUGGCCGGCUGGGGCCAUCAGUUCGAAGGAGGCUCAGGUGCCGCUCAUCAGUCCGGAGCGCUGCUCCGCCGCCGACGUGCACGGAGCCGCUUUCACUCCCGGCAUGCUCUGCGCUGGUUUCCUCGAAGGCGGCACCGACGCGUGCCAGGGUGACUCCGGUGGCCCUCUGGUGUGUGAAGACGAGACCGCAGAGCGCCAGCUCGUCCUGAGAGGCAUCGUCAGUUGGGGUUCAGGUUGUGGCGACCGCCUCAAGCCCGGUGUGUACACGGACGUGGCCAACUACUUGGCCUGGAUCCAGGAGCACACCACUUCCUGACCUCCCAGGGACUCGUCUUUCCCUCCUGGGCAGUUCUGGAAUGGAAAGGUGGCUGGGGCGUGAUUAUGGACAGCAAGUAUUGUGUUCUAUUCCCCCCAGCGCUGCCAGCCCGGCUGGCUCCAGGAAUGUCAUACGCACUCAAUAAAGUGCUUUUGAAGAUGCUUGAAA